GAGACGUGAUUUACUACUGGGCCUCAUAUCUUUGUGCUACUACGUUUAAGCCCAUCAAUCGAUCCACAACCAAUUUCUUUCCCAAGCCAAUACAAAAACCCUAGGCCCUUAAUACACUUAAUUCAUUUGCAGGAAGCAGCGGCGGGACGCAGAAGAGGAAUCAGCAGCCAUGGGUAUCGAUUUGAUAGCUGGUGGAAAAAGCAAGAGGACCAAGAGGACUGCCCCGAGAUCCGAUGAUAUUUACUUGAAGCUCAUCGUCAAGUUAUAUCGAUUUCUUGUGAGGAGGACUGGGAGUAAGUUCAAUGCGGUUAUUUUGAAGAGGCUGUUUAUGAGCAAAACUAAUAAGCCUCCGAUUUCGCUUUCUCGGUUGAUUCGAUUCAUGACUGGAAAGGAGGAUAAGAUUGCCGUGAUUGUUGGUACUGUAACUGAUGAUGUUCGAGUGCAUGAGAUUCCUUGCAUGAAGGUAACUGCUUUGAGGUUCACAGAGACUGCAAGGGCAAGGAUUGAGAAGGCUGGUGGUGAAUGCUUGACAUUCGACCAGCUUGCUCUUAGAGCUCCCCUGGGACAGAAUACAGUCCUUCUCAGAGGUCCAAAGAACUCUCGUGAAGCAGUGAAGCACUUUGGCAAAGCCCCUGGUGUGCCACACAGCCACAGCAAGCCAUAUGUCCGUUCCAAGGGACGGAAAUUUGAGAAGGCCAGAGGCAAAAGGAACAGCAGAGGUUUUAGGGUUUAAGUCGUGUUAUGGGUGCAAGGCAAACAUCACUUGGAUCACCAAAUCCGGAAAGGAUUCAUCCAUGUUUUUUAAUGUGUUUGUCUGGAUUUUAUAUGCUGAACAUUUUGUUGUCAGGCUGCAAUGCAUCACUUUUUUGGAGACUAAAAUUCAUUCGACUUUCAAUUUUAGAAUGUUCGGUGAAGAACUUUUCAAGUAUAGAACACAAUAUUUCAAUUAUGUUUUUUAUUAAA